UUUCGUGUUGUUCGUGUGAGUAGCAUAUAGGGCUUCCACGUGUUAUCUAUAGCCCACUGUUACAUUUGCCACAAAGUGGGAAACAUGAGGUGAAUAUACUCUCUUGAGCAUGGAGACAAGUGUCCUAAGAUUUCUCUUCCGAAAGCACAAACGUAAAAAAAUCGACCACUUUGUACCGACUGCCCAUUUGUAAACAAACGCUCAAAUGAGCACCUUUAAAAUGAAUCUAGGGGACAUUCCCCCCGAUCAGUUAUCCAACACUGAAAAGAAAUACUCCGGUAACGACGAAGUCAAGCCGUACCAUACCUCAGCAUUCCGGAAGGAGUACCGAAAAGAGGAGCCGGUUCUCACGUUUCCGGAAAAGUGCAAGAAGACCGCCGGAAAUCUAGUGAAUUGUUCUAAUAAGAGAAAAUGUCUAGAGAAAGUCCUACCUUUCUUGAGGAUUUACAGAAAAUACAAGAUAAGGACGGAUCUGCCUAAUGACGUCAUUGCUGGAUUCACGGUGGGGAUCAUGCAGCUUCCUCAAGGCAUGGCUUAUGCCAUGUUGGCAGAUAUGCCUCCUGUUGUAGGACUCUAUAUGGCGUUCUUCCCCGUUCUUAUUUACUUUUUCUUCGGAACAUCUCGACAUAUAUCAAUGGGUACUGUUGCUGUAGUCAGUUUGAUGACAGGAUCAGUCGUAUCCAAUAUUGUAUUGCCAAAGUCCAACUCCCUCUCUCCGACUAGUCUUCCCACCAAUAACUCCUACCUUGGCGACCUCAACGACACAGCAAGCCUGAACGACACUAUAUUUUCGACAACAUUCGUUCCGACAAUCGAGUCGACCGUCGACAAUCUGACCAUGCAGAAACUAGCACUAGCUUCUUCGAUGUGUUUUCUUGUGGGAGUAGUCCAGGUGCUGUUUGGUGUCUGUAGACUUGGACUAGUGACUACCUACAUGUCGGAUCCUUUAGUCAGCGGAUUCACCACCGGAGCUGCUGUUCAUGUCUUUACUAGUCAAGUCAAAUACGUGUUCGGAUUGAAAAUCCCCCGAUUUCCAAACCUCUUCCAAAUCAUUUACACUUACAAGGCCAUUUUUGAAAACCUUGCCAAAACAAAUUACGUCACCGUCAUCAUCUCUGCUAUUUGCAUGGUGAUUCUGUACAUAGUCAAAGUUCACAUCAAUCAGCGAUUCAAGCAUAAACUCAAGAUUCCAGUUCCCAUUGAGCUCUUAGUAGUUGUAGCGGGUACACUUUUGUCGUAUUUUUUCAACUUCAAAACAGAGUAUGACGUCAAAAUUGUUGGAAAGAUUCCAGCAGGAUUGCCUGAACCACAAAUUCCAAAUCUGAAGAGUGCUUUUGAGAACAUCAGCGAUGCCAUCAUCAUCGCUGUUGUUGCGUUUGCUCAAUCGGUGUCACUUGCAGCCCUGAUGGCCAAGAAACACAACUACACUAUGGAUUCGAACCAAGAGCUCAUUGCAUAUGGUGCUGGUAACAUUUUCGGAUCUUUUUUCUCCUGCUAUCCAUUUGCUGCAUCGGUUUCUAGGUCAUCUGUGCAAGAUUCUGCCGGGGGAAGGACGCAGGUCACGAGCCUUUUCUCUGCAUCACUUGUGUUGGUUGUUAUCAUUCUGAUUGGGCCAUUGUUUGAAUCUCUACCUAACUGUGUUUUGUCCUCCAUUAUCAUGGUUGCAUUAAGAAGCAUGUUUUUGCAAGUCCUCGAGUUGAAGAACCUCUGGAAAAUCUCCAAAUAUGACUGUAUCAUCUGGGUGGUGACUUUCCUGGCGGUGGUCAUUCUGUACGUGGACCUCGGACUGUGGGUGGGGCUCAUCUUCUCCUUCCUCACUGUAGUCGUCAGAACUCAAUGUGCCAAGGCUGUUUCUUUGCAAAAGAUUCCUGAUAUGGAAAUGUUUGCAGACGACAAGAAAUAUCUAAAGACUCAAUCACAACUCGGCAUAAGGGUGAUUGGUUUCAACUCCCCUCUUUACUAUGCAAACGGGGACAUGUUUGUGAAACAGGUUUUCCAGAUUGUAGGCCUGAAACCAGAAAGAGCAAGAAAACAAAUCAAACGCCUUGGAUCCAUUCUGGAAUUUCGCAGAGUGAGCCAGAGUUCUCUGUUCCUUGGGUCUUACAGCCAUGUCGAUCCCCAACCGCCUAUGACUUCCUCCGGAAGCGGAAGUGAACACAUAAGCGUAUCAAUGACGAUUAGCAACGGUUCUUCUGGAGACAUGAGUCAAAGAAGUAGUACAACGGAUCUCCAGAGCAACGGGGGUAGUAUAAGGUCACGGAAUGGAAGUGUAAAACCCGGCAAUAAAGACUUCGGAUAUAUACAUCACGUGAUCAUUGACUGUUCUAGCAUGUGUUUUAUUGACUCUGUCGGAAGCAAGGUUCUUAAACAGGUUAUUGAAGAAUACAAGUCGGUAGGAACAAUAGUGUUUCUGGCAGCAGUAAGAGAUGAAGUUUGGCAGGUUCUUGAAGCCACGGGAUUCACGGAUAAAUACGAUUCCCAAAUCUACCUCUCUGUGCACGAUGCUGUUUUCGCCGCAACUGUAGAGGGCGAGGGGGAGUACGGCAAUGAGUCACCCAAAGCUAGGAUGUGUACUAUCCUAGAGGAUCUUGAGCCACACGUUGAAGAUUCGUUAAUGGCGGAGUAUAAAACUGUAUAGGGUUCAGCGCACAUUUAAGCCAAGACACAAACACCAGCCGGAAUUGCAGGAAUCUGGAGUCGUCUGUGCCAACCAAGUACAAAUGAGCGGACAGGUCGUUUGUUUUUCAGUUGUUGCAUUAACCUCAUAAUUAUUUGACAUCCUCAGUGGUUUUACGUCAUUUCAACUAAAUAUUUACAUCUUCAGAAACAAUUUUAAUGUGAUUUACUUGACCCCAUUCAUAAUUCAUAAUUCAUGUGUGUCAAAAAAUAACUCAACGGUUAUCAAGGAACGGAUUUUAAAUAUGUGAUAUUUAAGACCAAAUUAUUUACACUCUGGUAUAUUUGUUCCUAAAAAUAUAAUAAUUAUUGUGUAUUAAUUUCUUUUUUUGAUUAUUUGUUUAUGUUGUACUUGAUUUUAAAGUACAAAGUUGUUAUAUCACUGUUACAUUUAUAAAAGUACAUAUCAUUGACUUGUACAUAUAUGUGUGUGUUUGAACGUAUGAAUUGUUUGACAAAAUAUAUUCAUUAGUAUCUAUGAUAUUAUUCGUUAACAAAUAUAUUACUCAAAUAAAACAAUUAUAUAUUUUU